CUCAACUUUGGACCUAAGCUGCAUUUACUUGACGACAACAGAAUUACGUCAAUUUGACACGCAUGGUACUGGGGCAAAGGAAUUUCCCGAUGUCGCCAUCCAGUGACCAUGUCUUCGAGGGUCUCCAAUCAUUCAGAGAGGCGCACAAAUGGCACCAGCGAUAAUGACAGCAACCCAAGACCCCGCGGAGGUGGUCAACCUUCGCGAAGCUCACAACAUCAAAGAGGUACACGUUCCCCACAGGCUGCCGAUAUAAACCCUCCUCACAAGCGGACCGCAUCAGGAAAUCCACGACCGGCUAGUAGGACCGUAGAAGAGCGAAGGACCGAGCGCACAACUAUCACUACUAAAGAGAAGCUCAUCUCGCGAACAAAAAGUCCGGAAAGACGAUCUAAGGAUGCGCCUCCACCAGAGAAAUGGAAGGCGAAAGAGGCUCCGAAGUCUCGUCAGCCAGAGACGAAAUCGAAGGAACCAAAACUUGACGCUGCACUAGCCGUAUGGGAACCUAUAGCUAGAUUAGCUAAACACUCAUCUGCGCCUCUCGCGGUUCGCGUAUCAGUCCCCCCUCCAGCUUCCCAAGCGCCGCAAUCUUUACAGCCGCAGCCCCUUCACGAGUUAUCCCUAGAAAUGCAGGAGGCAGCCAUCAUCGAGGAUAUACUGUAUGUAUUCAUGGGAUACGAGGGACAAUAUAUCCGACAUUCCUAUUCGUAUGACCCUGAUGAAGAGAGAGAUCGACUUGCAGGCCCCGAAUUUAGAAUACUCCCAGGACUCGACCCUAGUCUUCAGGACUUGACAAUAUCAAUGCUGAAAAUGGCGACUUACUACUCUGCCCUCGAUACUUUCAUCGAUGUACAGAGCAGAGCAGAAUUUGGUGCUGUCAACCACGCCCUGUGCGCUGCCAUUAGGAAGUUCUUGCAGGAUUAUCUAGUCAUGGUUGCCCAGUUGGAGACUCAGUUCCUAACCAAUGAGACCUUUACCCUACACCUCCUCAACGUCCAUAUCCUACCCACAAGUCAGAUGAUGUACCAGCUAUAUUCAUUAGCCCACGAGUUCUUAAAAAGAAAUGCGCUUGUCGAUGUUGAGAGUGAAGAAGAAGAUGAAGACGAAGAGGAUUUCGAUAUCAUCCUAGCGAACUUGCAACGAGAAAACGAGUACAUGACAGGGAACUUAACGGGCAAAAAGAUUUGCAAAGGCGGCGUGGUUAUAGGUUUGAUCACCAAGAGAUUGGAUACCAUGUCCGGAGAUCCCGCCGCAAGGUCGCUAUUAACAUCUUUACUACGCGACGCUAGUCGACCAUAUAUGGCAAUGUUAAAUGAAUGGCUCCAUCACGGAGAAAUCAGAGAUCCCCAUUCCGAGUUUCUUAUUAAAGAGCAAAAGAGUAUCAAGCGAGACCGACUAGAACAGGACUAUACGGAUGACUAUUGGGAGAGAAGAUAUACCAUCCGCGAGCGUGGUAUACCCCCGCAAUUACUGGGUGUCAAAGACAAAGUUCUCCUCGCAGGAAAAUAUCUCAAUGUCGUGCGGGAAUGUGGAGGUGUUGACGUUAGUAAGGUUGCCCAAGACGUCCCCCAAUCUUUUGAUGACGCGCGAUUCUUGGAUAAUGUCAACAACGCCUAUGCUCAUGCGAACGAAUCGCUCAUGAAGUUGCUCCUAACUACACAUGCUCUCCCUGCAAGAUUGCGUUCACUAAAGCAUUACUUCUUCCUCGACCCGUCUGAUUAUUUUACCUAUUUUAUGGAACUCAGCGCAUCGGAGUUGCGAAAACCUGUAAAAUCCGUCAACACCGUUAAACUGCAGUCCCUGCUAGAUCUCGUACUACGGCAGCCCGGUAGCAUCGUGUCUUUAGACCCGUUCAAGGAAGACGUUCACAUAGAAAUGAACGAGGUCAGCCUUAUCAAGAUGUUACAGCGCGUUGUUAAUAUCACAGGCAUUGAGCAAGGGGAGGUCUUACAACCUCUAAGCAAUCAACCUAUUGAAAACGAUAGGAAUGCACUCGGCUUCACCUCGCUACAGCUUGACUAUACGGUACCCUUCCCCGUAUCACUUGUGAUAAGCCGAAAAACAGUAUGGCGGUACCAAGCUUUGUUCCGCUAUCUACUAUCAUUGAGAUAUUUAGAGUCACAGCUGACGACAACAUGGCAAACCCAUAAUACUGGUAUCGUCUGGUGCCAUAAGUCAUCGGCGAGGCGCAUUGAAAUCUGGAAGAGACGAGUAUGGACUCUGAGAGCUCGAAUGAUAGUUUUUGUCCAACAACUCCUCUACUUUUGCACUCUAGAGGUCAUCGAGCCCAAUUGGCAAUCUCUAAUGUCAAGACUCAAAGCUAAGGACGGUAGUCUAGAUGGAUCGGGCAAGCCAGAUCGAACGGUGGAUGAGUUGAUGCAAGACCAUGUGGACUUUUUAGAUACUUGUCUCAAGGGUUGCAUGCUUACGAACGGCAAGCUAAUUCGAAUUCAUUCGAAACUAAUGCAGACCUGUACCGUUUUCGCUGCUCACAUGAACUGGCUGUCGCGUGAGCUGGAAAAGACAGAUCCGGAUCUGGUAGGUCACAUACAACCGCCGAACAUGACCGACAAGGAGUGGAAGCGAUUCCAAACAGUAAAGUCUCAAAAGUCACAUAACGACAGCUCAACCAGUCAUCUUCAGGAUGACGACGCCCGACUCAACAACCUAAACGAAAUUAUCAGAGGCUGGGAAAAGAAUUUUAGCCGACAUCUACAAAUUCUAUUAGAUGCCUUAAAUCACUAUGCUGCGACGGAGACUGUGGUCCUAUUAAGCUUGUGCGCGAGGCUAGCAACUGCUAACCAGGGAACCGAAUUCGCAGGUCCCCGUCCCGAGGGGGAAGCAGCUGUAUGAAUAUCCCAUGUUAGUAAUGGGUUUUCUGGUGUGGCGUAACGUAUCGACGUGAGUGAUGUUUCUAAGGGGCUGAGAGUCACGUAUGGCGUUUAGGCGGGAUGAAAAUAGUUGGCUUAAGGCAGAGUCAUCAGCUACGCAGUGAAGAGAUACCUUUUACCUUUCCCUGUACCUUGAAUUACGAGUUAUCCUGUUUUUGUCAUAACAUUGGGGGGCGCUCUAUUCCUCCGGAACAUUGUAUUACUUAUUUGCUUCGUCGCCAUCGCUCUAGUGUAGGGCUGCUUCCUUUGAGUUUUUUAUGCAUUCUAUGGGAGGCAAUCAACAUGUAUGGAUCUU